AUGGACGCCAGACCCUUUCGACCACGCGGCACCGAAAACGCCUUACAGCCUAUCCAUCAUAGACAUAAAUCAACCGGCAACCUGACAAUGGCUGCGGCGGCCACUGUCACGGCUGGUUUUCGCGGCCCGGCGAAACGGGCUGCCUUUGGCGACGUGACCAACACCAAAAUCGUGCUCGGUAAAAGUCAAGACGGGAAGCUUGCCAAGGUGCAGACAGCUACCGGCCUGGUGAGCGCCGCCUUGAUCAACAAGGAAAAUGCCCCCUAUAGCCGAGGAGGCAAGGAUUCCUUUGCUGCCCGUCCCGCACAACGACCGAGCGCCGCAUUAUCAAGUAAGCCCGGCGUGGUCAUGAUUUCUGAACCUGGCAGAAAGCAGCCGGCAGCUGUUGGCGUCGUUCACGACGUCAACACUGCAACAUCGAUGGCGCUGGCAAGCGCCGGGAACCCGGCUGCCGGCCUCGCGCGACCUCGAACCGCGAAUGCACUGGGUCGAGAGACUAUUCUGCCUGCCGCCUCGGUUUCCUUUGACGCUCCGCCCUUGCAACCACGCCAUCACAAGAGUCAGCCACAUCUCAAGCAGCAGCAAAGACAACCGCCGCUGCUUCGCCGAACGCAAAGCAGGCAAUUUGAGAUGGUGGACCUCCCCGCCGACAAGGCAACCAGGUCAGCCGUCUCUACAGAUCCGGGUCGCGUGCCGUCCCGAAUCGCCGAGGAGCAAGCCGCUUACGAUGACCUUUCCCACGAGCUGGAUCAAGACGAGCUGCUGCACCACGUGAAUCAUGCUGACGGCUACGCCGGGAUUCACCCGAGGAUGCAUCACAUUUCAGAAGAGGCGCAACAACACAUUCACGUCGUCCCAUCCAAGGAGUCCCAGACGCAGGCGCUUUCGGAACCCGAGGAGUACUGGGAUGAGGAAGAAGAUGACGACUACGAAGACCAAGACCAAGCUUACACCACUGCCCAUUCCUUCCGCUCCCAGAACCUCACCACAGGUGGCGUCACCACCAUUCUCGCUCCUCGAGUUACGACCAAAGUGCAGCGUGAGCUGGAAGAAGCAAAGCUACAAGUUCAGCAGACUCGAUCGCUGGACGACAUUGAAGAGGAGAUGUGGGAUGUCAGCAUGGUUGCCGAGUAUGGAGAAGAAAUCUUCGAGUACAUGCGUGAGCUGGAGAUCAAGAUGCAGCCAAACCCUCAUUACAUGGAGAUGCAGACAGAGAUCCAGUGGUCUAUGCGCUCUGUCUUGAUGGACUGGCUGGUGCAGGUUCACAACAGGUUUAGCUUGCUGCCAGAGACUCUUUUCCUCACGGUCAACUACAUUGACCGGUUUCUGUCGUGCAAAAUCGUGUCGAUUGGGAAACUGCAGCUGGUUGGUGCCACCGCCAUCCUAGUCGCCUCCAAGUACGAGGAAAUCAACUGCCCCUCGCUCGACGAGAUAGUCUACAUGGUGGACGGCGGCUACACGACGGAGGAGAUUCUCAAGGCCGAACGAUUCAUGCUGAGCAUGCUGAGCUUUGAACUUGGUUGGCCAGGACCGAUGAGCUUUCUUCGCCGAGUGAGCAAAGCCGACGACUACGAUCUCGACACGCGCACGCUGGCCAAAUAUUUCCUCGAGCUGACCAUAAUGGAUGAGCGUUUUGUGGCCUCGCCCCCGAGCUUCUUGGCCGCAGGAGCACACUGCCUGUCUCGGCUGGUUUUGAAAAAGGGCGACUGGAGCAAGGCGCACGUUCACUAUUCGGGGUACACCUGGACCCAACUACGGCCGCUUGUAACGAUGAUGAUUGAGUGCUGCGAACAGCCUCGCCUUCACCAUGCCGCCGUGUUCGAAAAGUAUCAAGAAAAGAGGUUCAAGGAGGCUUCGACGAUUGUUCAGCACGCCUUGGACGCGGGCUUCACGCUGCCUCACCACAGCGUCCCGAUUCGACCUCUCCGCGCGCGGGUCGAAGACGUGCCCGACGCGCUUCAGUAUCCGAGCAGCUUGCUCGUGUCCACUGAGGGCUAG